AAGGUUGCAUCGGUUGGAAGGAGGUGUUUGGCUGCUUGGUAACGGGCGGCCAGAACCGAGAGAAAGGCAGCGAGCCGGGCAGCGGCUUCUUGACGUCAGGACCAAGCGAGGGGACCGCGCCAGCCACCCCAGUCCGCCCCACUGUGCGCCCGGCCGACGGCGGGAGAGGAGCCGGACGCGAGGCGCUCGCGGGGUGAGGGCGGGGGGUCGGGGGAGCGGCAGGGGCGCAGCAUGCCCCCGGCCCCAGGGCCAUGGAGGUCUCCCCGGUGCCGCUGGAGAACGGCGGGGCCAUGACCGUCAGGGGAGGAGACGAGGCCCCGGCAGGCUGUGGCCAAGCCACAGGGGGGGAGCUGCAGUGCCCCUCGACGGCUGGGCCCAGCGCUGGACCCAAAGAGCCGGCGCCGAGGGGAUGCGGCGCGCAGAGGAGCGCGGAGCCGGGAGGACGGCCCUUGCCACCGCCGCCCCAGGAGCCGCCGCAGCCGGGGCAGCUUCCCCCGGGGGACGAGGAGGGAGAAGGCGACCCCGCCCUGGGCAUGGCGGAGGACCGGGUGCCGAGCGCCGCGGUGCUGCACCACCAGCGCGUCCUCAUCAACAUCUCCGGGCUGCGCUUCGAGACGCAGCUGGGCACCCUGGCGCAGUUCCCCAACACCCUCCUGGGGGACCCGGCCAAGCGCCUGCGCUACUUCGACCCCCUGAGGAACGAGUACUUCUUCGACCGCAACCGGCCCAGCUUCGACGGCAUCCUGUACUACUACCAGUCGGGGGGCCGGCUGCGGAGGCCGGUCAAUGUCUCCCUGGACGUGUUCGCAGACGAGAUUCGCUUCUACCAGCUGGGGGACGAGGCUAUGGAGCGCUUCCGGGAGGACGAGGGGUUCAUUAAAGACGAGGAGAAGCCCCUGCCCCGCAACGAGUUCCAGCGCCAGGUGUGGCUCAUCUUCGAAUACCCGGAGAGCUCGGGGUCCGCGCGGGCCAUCGCCAUCGUCUCGGUCUUGGUCAUCCUCAUCUCCAUCAUCACCUUCUGCCUGGAGACCUUGCCUGAGUUCAGAGAUGAACGAGAGCUGCUCCGCCAUCCCCCGGUGGCCCACCCGCCUGCCGGGCCGGCCCCAGGGGUCAACGGCAGCGGAGCCGGGGCGCCUCCCUCUGGCCCAACGGUGGCACCUCUCCUGCCCAGGACCCUGGCCGACCCCUUCUUCAUUGUAGAGACCACGUGCGUCAUCUGGUUCACCUUUGAGCUGCUUGUUCGUUUCUUCGCCUGCCCCAGCAAGACAGAGUUCUCCCGGAACAUCAUGAAUAUCAUCGACGUGGUGGCCAUCUUCCCCUACUUCAUCACCUUGGGCACCGAGCUGGCCGAGCAACAGCCCGGGGGCGGCGGAGGCGGGGGCCAGAAUGGGCAGCAGGCCAUGUCCCUGGCCAUCCUCAGAGUGAUCCGCCUGGUCCGGGUGUUCCGCAUAUUCAAGCUCUCGCGUCACUCCAAGGGGCUACAGAUCCUGGGCAAGACCUUGCAGGCCUCCAUGCGGGAGCUGGGCCUGCUCAUCUUCUUCCUCUUCAUCGGAGUCAUCCUCUUCUCCAGCGCUGUCUACUUCGCAGAGACUGACAACCAGAACACCCAUUUCUCCAGCAUCCCAGAUGCUUUCUGGUGGGCGGUAGUUACCAUGACCACGGUGGGCUAUGGGGACAUGAGGCCAGUCACUGUUGGGGGCAAGAUCGUGGGCUCGCUGUGUGCCAUCGCUGGGGUCCUCACCAUCGCCCUGCCGGUGCCCGUCAUUGUCUCCAACUUCAACUACUUCUACCACCGGGAGACGGACCACCGGGAGACCACAGACCACGAGGAGCACGCAGCCCUUAAGGAGGGGCAGGGCAGCCAGAGCCAGGGGACGGGGCUGGACAGCAGGGGCCAGCGGAAGGCCAGCUGGAACAAGGGGUCCUUCUGCAAGGGGUCCCUGGAGAAUGCUGAGGGAGCCCAAAGGGGCAGCUGCUCCCUAGAGAAGUGUAACCUGAAGGCCAAGAGCAAUGUGGACCUGCGGAGGUCCCUGUAUGCCCUCUGCCUGGAUACCAGCCGGGAGACAGAUUUGUAAGGCGGGGUCCAGGCUAGCUAGUGGGGAGAGCACAGGCCUCCUGAACCUGGGUAUCUGCCUUAUACCAUAGAGUGUUUCGAACCCCCAUAUAUUUCAAAUAUGUCCUUUCUUUCACUCCUGCCCUCCCUCCUUCUUUCCCUGGGUCCCCCCAUUUUUCCUCUUUCUUCCAUGCCACCAAGGGUCGCCUAUUUUUAAAAAGUGCCACAUUCCAUGACGCAAGAGCCGUUAAAAUGGUGAGCACUACGAGAUGGAUGUAUUUGUGGCCAGUUUCCUAUACCCACCAGAGGAGUAACCCAAACAAAAGGGACUUUAAAUAGCCCAGAUCCCAAGAGAUUUUAUAACUGCCGCUAUCCCUGUUCCAAUUUGCUUUACAUAUGAUUAUAUUUGUGUAUAGGGGAAAUAUUUUUAUGGCUGGUGAGUGGAUUUUUGUACUGUUGCUCAGAUGGAGAUAUUUUGGAUAUAUUUUCUAGACAUAUGUUGUCUUUAUGGAAGAGAGAGUUAGUGUGAUGUUUUUCUGUGAAACAUAUUAGAGCCAGAGACCCCGGUUACAGGGUCUGGUUCCUGUGUCUGUACGCCUCUCUCUUUUCUGGGACGUCGGUUCGGUGCUUUGCAGCUGGGGCAGGGAAUGUUCUGGAAGAAAGGCAAGUCUGGAUUUUUCUGUGCGCCUUAAACAAUUCUUGUAACUUUCUUCAAAAAGCAUGUUAAUGAUGUUGGAGGAAGGCUUCUGAUAAUUCAUUCUCUUUGCUUUUAUCCCAGGAAAUAAAACAUUACUUGG